UGCAUGUGAAAAGGAUAAAAUGUCUCACUCUUGGCGUUUGGUGAAAUUAGCCUGUUCAUCGCCACUGCUAUUGGAGAGUGUCUCGGCGAUUGGCUGUCAUCUUCCCGACAAGCCGAAAUGAUUGUCGUGCACCGGAUCCUUUGUCCCCUGAGACGGUUCGGUUCACCCCGAGUCCCAGCUGUGGAAAAAUCGACAAGACUGCCUCACAGACGUGAUGUGCACUGUCAGUCACCCCAGAUCUACACCAAGCGAUUCUGGAAGACUACUACGUCUCGUUGUAUCGCAGAAUGGCAUGUGUCCAUGAGCUCCAGCGGGCCUUCCACUAGUAAGCCUAGCAAGUCCCCCGACAAAAUUGCUCCGGCAUCUGACACCUGCACGGGAUUUAAUUAAUUUUGUAAAUGAGAACCUGGCCACCUCAUGCGGGGUCGCGCUUUCAAUUGGCGGAGGCAAAUUCUACCCAGCAACCGAACUGGAUGAAGA